AUGUCAUCAAAUGUCCAUUCUCUUUUGCAUAUACACGAAAGUUUAAGACGUAUGGGUCCAACGUACCAAUAUGGUACAUUUAAUUUUGAAAAUAUUGCAGGGUUAUCAAUGAAAAUGGCUCAUGGAACAACACAUUUUGAACAUCAAAUAAUCCAUGAUUUAUAUUAUUUUCGUGAAGCAAUACAUCAUACACAAUCACCAGAUUUUCCAUUAAAAUUGUUUAAUCUUAUUCAACAAUUAAUGAAUCGAAAAAGCUUUAUAAUUAGUGAUGGUUUUAAUAUACGUUUAUCAAAGACAACAAAUCUUAAUUAUAAUAAAUUUUCUGAUGAUUAUCAUAUUAAUCAACAACAUGUGAAUGAUGUUACAGAUAUAAUUAAAAUAUUUCUACAAUCAACAACAUUGCAUGAUGCUGCUUAUAUUAAAAACGUACGAUAUUCUACAUUGUUAUCCACUUUGGUCGACAAGGCAGUGAUGCCUGUAUUAGAUUUAUAUUUUCUUCAUCAGAACAACGAAUUGGACUUAUUACAGCUAUUAUAA